GCGGUGUGGAGCUAACGGAUGCAUCUUCUGGAUCAACUGAUACAAGACUAAUCAAUCAGCGGCAGGAUGAACAGCGCAGCAGUGUACCCUCCUCCCACCGCCUCCGCGGUCAACACGUUUGGCAAUGUUCCCGGCUACGAAGGCAUCAUGGCAGGAGGAGGCGGUUACCUGCCCCCUCCUGCUCCCAUGGAGCCUGUGGCUCCGCCCCAACCCGGCCUUGUUCCUGACAACUGGAGCAUCCCCACUCUGUCGGAGGAUGUGGCUCGUGAGGCGUUCAAGGACUAUGCGUCGUCUCAUUGCUGCUACAGUAAAAGCCCGGUGAACGACGGAGUCAUCACCAACAUGGAGCCGUUCAACACCUUCAGGUAUCGACUGGAGACGUUCACCGAGUCCAGGCAAACUGAGCCGGCCGAAAAACCUUUUGAAGGUGAGGAGGCUGACUUCUACACCCAGCCGGCCCCCCGGCCCUGGGAGGUCCAGGUCACGCCUCCCAACCUCUUCACCAACCACAAGGAGGAGAUCCGCGUGCCCUACACCUCCUCCAUCAAGGAGUGCCACAGCUGCCGUGGCAUUGGGACGAUGCCGUGUGAUGAGUGCAAAGGAGAUGGAUAUAAGCUGUGCUUGGUGUGCGAUGGCUCUGGAAGCAAGAAUGAUGAGAACUGCACUAGCUGUAAUGCUACAGGCAAAAAGAGCUGUCCCACGUGUGACGCUCGUGGAACGAAGGACUGUACGACCUGUAAUGGAAAACGACAACUGCUGGCGUACAUCAAGCUCAAGGUGGAGUGGACUAACAAUGUGGAGGACUACGUGGUGGAGCAGAACUCUGGUCUGAAGGUCGAUCUUCAUAAAGUGAGCGGGAAGGAGCUGUUCAAGAACAACCAGAACCUGCUCUACCCGCUGAUCGGGUUCCCAAACCCGGCCAUCUCCGAGGCCUCCGAGCGCCUGAUCAAAGACCACCAGAGCAAGUACGCCGAGACCUCCAGGAUCCUGCAGCAGAGGCAGACCGUGGAGUUGAUCCCGAUCACUAAAGUGAACUACAAGUGGAAGGGCAACUCUCACCUCUACUUCGUCUACGGCAACGAGCAACAAGUCAACGCCGACAAUUACCCGGCAACCUGCUGCUGUGUUGUCCAGUAGACACACACACACACACACACACACACACACACACACACACACACACACACACACACAAUCACUCACACACACACACUCACACUGACCUCAAUCAGUACCUGAAUAUUUGAUGUCCAAAUUUAAGAUAAAAAAAAGAAAACAUAUAUAUAUAUAUAUAAAAAUACCUGAAUAUUAGAUGUGCAAAUUUAAGAUAUAUAUAUAUAUAUAUAUAUUAUGGUUAAAGCGAACGCUUUUACUCUAUUAUUGACACCUGUGUUGACCAUCAUGCCUCGUGACACCAUGACCACUUAACAGAAAUAUCUUUUCUGUUACAAAACACUUAUAUGAACACACAUUAUGCAAAGCAUGUGCCAUUUAAUUAUAAAAAUGAAAACCUCAUAUGCCCAUAACUUGUGGUGGAAGUCAGGAAAAGUGAUGACAAAAUAAUAGCGUGCGGGGCAGCUACAAAUUAGGAUGUGAGGUUUUCAUCUGACAGCGUUUACGCUAUUAUAUUAUAUUUUACCUGUUUGUUAUCGGAUGACGGAGUAAGUGAAUCUGUGUGGGGAAACGGUUAAAUAACUAAAUGUAAAGCAAGAAACAAACCUCACCAAAGUGUUAAUAUUUCGUACCUGUGUUGCUUUUAAAGAAAGGAAUAAUAACAUUUUGACAAAUGUUAAGCUGUGCUUAGUAUCGCCUGUUAAUGCCUUCUCUGGUGCUCUGACUCUCAGCCAAUCAGGUGCUGAAAUGCAUUCUGGGUAGGGAACUUUACUGCUUUGACAGUACAUGCCUGAAGCAACCAGAAAAAAAUGUCACGUUUAAAUCUUUUUUUUUUACACCUUUUAAUGAGCUAAGAUCUUUCUUUCUUUCUUUUUUUUUACCUAAAAGCUUUUUGAUGCUUAAUAAUCAAGGUGAUUUUUCUGAGAUCUUGAAAUGUUUUGGAGAUGCAAAUUUGUUUGUUUUUUUACCUGAAGACCACAAUAAUAAACAGUUUUUAUUAUUAAAACUCAGAAGAAUGUAAACGUAGAUUACAGCCUCUCAAGUCACAGAAAUGAACGUGGAGGAGAACACCGCGUCUCGGAUCACGAGACUUUUGUUUACAGUUAACGGGCUAAAUUCAGGCUUUGUUUGUUUUUCCCAGUCGGCUGUAUUGAUCACCUGUGAGACUCAAAAUCAACAACACGUACGAAUACUAGAACAAAGCUGUUUUCACAUCAAAUCUGGCACCAAGCAGGCCGUUAAACAAGCCAUAACACGACAUCCAAAACACUGAAGAUACCUCUGCACCGCAGUGCUUCUGCAGGACAUCAUCACAACAUCGCCAUAGCGUAUUCAUUUUUAUUUUAUUUUUUUCUAUUUAGUUUAGAACAGAACUGAUGUGGCGUUUACAGAAACAACAUUUCACGUCGAGACAAAAAAAUACACAAUCCCGUGCCUUUUAAACAGCCCUGUUGCAGUGCAGUGCACCUCCUGUAGAGGGCGCUGUGGCGUUCAACACCCUCUGCAUCAGGGACCAAAAGGACAAAUGAUCCACUCCAGAUUUGUAAAUGUUACUGCUUGUGUGUAAACAACCAUAUAUAUAU